AAGACUCUUUUUAGAAUAUUUAUUAAUUGGCGUUUCUUUGAGAGAACUAAACGUUCCUAUAUCCUUGUCAUAAUAAAUGGUGACAGUUGACAGUUGAUCACUGCUGUUUGCUGAGCAGUGUUGAGUGUGGAACAGCUGUGAAAAAUAAAUUAAGUAACAAUCGUAACAAUAAACCUCAUACGCGUUAAAGAGCUGUGAUAAAUCAUACGAAUCGUUCUAUAAGUGCAUUUGUUAUUGCAAAUAUUAUAAGUAGCAUUUUUUGUGUUCAUUAAAACUCGCAUUUUAAGUUUUCUUUUGACCUUAAGUUGCUUCCUAGCCUUGCUAAAGGUAUAAUAAUAAAAUAGGACAGUGGUCAACGGUACAUCGUGUCCUAAUUUGGUUUAUCAGUGUAAGCACAACUGCAAACAACUACAAAAUGAACAAGCAUAUCAAAUUACAUUACGCUUGGUGCUUAUGACAAACAUUUUAAUUAUUCUUUUGUAUUUAAUGUGGAGUUUGUACAUAUUAAUCAUUACAUAAAUGGCGAAAUAUUUUAUGAGUGAGUGAGUUUAAUUAAUGAGCCAGCUGUGUAAAUAGUAGACCAUAAACAAUGGAUUCAGAAGAUGAUGUCCAGCCUCUUAUUCACUAUGAUAGGGGUUCCAGAGAACUGUAUUUGGAACUCACUGCCCAGUGUCUUAAUACUGACCCUGAAUAUGAACAGGUGGUAUACGGCUACCGGAAGAGCAGAUGGCGGACGGUUCUCACUCACCUUUUCUCGUGCCUGUUCUGCGGGAUCCCAUUCCUCGUGUUCCACUGGUAUCCCACCUGGUUCUUGUAUCUGACCUGUCUGAGGUGCUCCUUCCAGAUCGCCGAUAGAGUAUUGGUUGUUGAAACAUAUCAAAAGAAAUGUCAAAGCUACUACAUUCACCCGAUAUUACACAAAAAUAUAGCAGACACCAGCUUCAAUUUAGCGCCUAUUGUUAUGUGUGUCCUUUAUGUUCUCACCCUAUAUUAUAACCACAGGUUAAACAUCUACGGGCUCAACGAGAUCAACGUGCCGGUCCAGUCGAUCAUGACGCUGAUCCUCCUGGAAGUUUUCAACCCAUUCUACGUGUUCCAACUGUUCACCAUCGCGGUGUGGCUCGCCGAACCCUACUACUACUACUGCAUCGCCGUCGUGCUCAUGUCCACGUUCGGUGUUGCCACUUCAGUCGUACAGACUAAAAAGAAUCAAACAAGUCUCCGCGCGACAGUGGAAGCUCACGAUACAGUGGAACUAUGGGACGGCAGACGAGUGGACAGCCGCUGUAUAUCCCCGGGGGACAUCAUAGUGUUGCCAGCGCGAGGGUGCACGCUACACUUCGACGCCGCGCUGCUGACGGGUGCCGCUGUGCUUAACGAGAGCAUGCUUACUGGUGAAUCGGUACCAGUGACGAAGACAGCGUUGAUGCGAGUGGACAAGCCAUUCGACUUGAAGGAGCACGCGUCCAGUGUGCUGUUCUGUGGCACCAGAGUCAUACAGACACGAUACUUUAAUAAUGAACCUGUCAAAGCUCUAGUCCUCCGCACUGGCUACAACACUAGCAAGGGCGAGUUGGUCCGAAGUAUCCUGUACCCUGUGCCCGCAGACUUCAAGUUCGACAGGGACUCCUACAAGUUCAUCAUCAUAUUGGCUUGCAUUGCGGUCAUUGGAUUGGCCUAUACAGUCGCUCUUAAGGCAUACCGCUCCCUAAGCCCUGGUGAUAUUGCUAUAAAGGCACUAGAUAUCAUAACGAUAGUGGUCCCGCCCGCCCUACCGGCGGCCAUGACAGUCGGCCGGCUGUACGCUGUGUCACGACUGCGACGCGCGCGCAUCGCUUGUCUCAAUACACGCGCUGUUAAUGUCAGUGGAUCCUUAGACUGCGUGUGCUUCGAUAAGACUGGUACUCUAACAGAAGACGGACUGGACAUGUGGGGGGUGGUAUGCGUCAGUACAGCAACAUCCCCUCCAAGGCUCGGACGGCCGCAGAGGGAUCCACGCCUUCUGAACGAGCUGCACCCACUCAAACUAGCCAUGGCUUCCUGCCACAGCCUAACACUGCUAGAUGGAGAACUGGCUGGAGACCCACUGGAUCUUAAGAUGUUCGAAUCAACAGGCUGGGUACUGGAAGAGCCAGAUAUCCCGGAACCCUCCAACUACGAGAUCCUCACGCCUACUAUUGUCAAACCGAAGAAAACCGCCAAUAUUGACGUUGACGAUGUACAUUUGCCACUAGAAGUGGGCAUAGUCCAGCAGCACCAGUUCGUGUCGUCGCUGCAGCGCGCGUCCGUGGUGUCGCGCGUGCUGGGCGAGGACGUGCUGCGCGCGCACUGCAAGGGCGCGCCCGAGAUGCUGCGGGGGCUGUGUCUGCCGCACACCGUUCCUGAUAACCUGUUCGAAGUAUUAAACUCUUACGCUGAGAAGGGUUACAGAGUGAUAGCUGUAGCCACAAGAGUAUUAGAAGUCACCUUCAAACAACUGCAGAAGAUGACAAGAGAAGAAGUUGAACGCGAUUUAGAAUUCUUAGGACUUGUGAUCAUGGAGAACAGAGUGAAGGCAGCCACGACAGGGAUCAUACGAGAGCUGAAGGAGGCUAACAUACACGUCGUGAUGAUCACUGGCGACAACGUGCUGACAGCUGUGAGUGUAGCCAAGGAGUGCGGCAUCUUGUUGGGUGAGGAGAGAGUGGUGACUCUACACGCGGACACGGAUGGAGUCGCUCCGGUCAUAUACUGUGAUAGUACGCUGCACGGGGCGGCAGUAGGUCGUCGUUGCCAACUAGAGCGAUCCUGGCGCAGCGUGGACAGCGGUAAUGGCUCUUGGAGGUCAGCGUCUGCGGAAAGCGAUCCAGAAUCCGGCAGUGAGCCGCGAUACAAGAUCGUCAUGACUGGUGAUACUUGGCGGGUCCUACGCGAGUACUACCCUAACGUGUUAUCACGUGUGAUCGCUCGCGGCGCUGUGUUCGCGCGCAUGUCCUCAGACCAGAAACAACAGCUGGUCACCGAGUAUCAAGCCUUAGGGUACUAUGUCGGUAUGUGUGGCGACGGUGCUAACGACUGCGGCGCCCUUCGCGCGGCCCACACGGGCAUCUCUCUGUCCGAGCUCGAGUCCUCCGUAGCCGCGCCCUUCACCUCCGCUACGCCAGACAUCGUCUGCGUAGCACGAGUGCUACGGGAAGGACGAGCGGCCCUCUCCACAUCCUUCGGAGUAUUUAAGUUCAUGGUAGCAUACUCCCUAACAGAAUUCUUCUCCGUCGCCUUUCUCUACUACUUUGACUCGAAUUUAACCGAUUUCCAGUUUCUGUUCAUAGAUGUCGCUUUGAUCGUCAACUUUGCGUUUUUCUUCGGUAUGACGGAAGCGUAUACGGGCAAGUUGUGUAAGCGACCGCAUUUGACGUCGUUACUCGGUUUGGUCCCGUUGGUUUCUUUGCUAGGACAAUUGAUUUUGAUCGCAGUGGGACAGUAUUUGAGUUAUUAUGCUUUAACGUUCUUUCCUUGGUAUGAAAGGCACACAUACGAGGGUGAUGAGGCAAAUGAAUGUUGGGAGAACUACGCUAUUUUUUCUGUUUCGAUGUUCCAGUAUAUUAUUCUAGCUAUAGCUUUCAGCCACGGUUCGCCUUACAGAAGAUCAGUGAUUACUAAUAGACAGUUGAUGAUUAGUAUCUUCAUAAUGACUUGUAUUUGUGUAUACAUAGCUGUUUGGCCGGCUGCGUGGAUAGCAAAGUUCCUACAACUCAGGAUGCCUAAAGACACGCUCUUAUCAUACAUAGUCCUCGCUUUAGCCGCCUUCAACUUACUCCUAGCGUUAUUCUUCGAAAGAGUCGUUAUAGAGUACCUAAUGGAAGCCAAAAAUAUAAUACCGAGGUUCUUAAAAGAGAAACGCGUUAAGAAAACUCCAUAUUUGAUGAUCAAACGCGAAUUGACAGAUAUGGACUAUUUAGACUGUGACACUAUGAUCAAAUAUGAUAAAGAGACCAGUGACUCGGGCGUUGACCCGUUAGGCAAAGAUAGCUGAGACGGAAUCCAUGGUUUGCUUUCAUUAGGACUCGAAACUGUUAUUAGGGAAACUGUAUAGUGUGAUAUGUGUACCAAAUUGUCUUUUUAUGGAAAUUGUUUUAAAAGAAUUAUUAUUUGGUCGAAAUAUUUACAAGAUCAGCUAUUCCUUUUAUAAUUUUCUUGCCUACCGAUGACAGUUGUGCCAUUGUCAAAUAAAUCGAUUUACUAAAUAAAUUACUACGAUUCAAAGCCUAGAAUGCAAUAUUAAUGCAAACGUUAUUUUAUUUAUUCACGAUAAUCAUUGAGAGUAUUGCAAUAAUUAAUUUUUUUUUAUCAAAUUUCAAAGCCACAUCUAUUUUUAUGUUUAUCGAAUUAAAUAACUCCCGCUCUAUUGAACAAUAUAUAAUAUGAAUUAAGAUAUCUUCGCAUUUUUUUGUCUACUUUACAUUUUAAAGUAUUUUAUUCGUUUUCUUUUUAAGCUUAAUUAUUUAAGAAUAACAUAUAACACGGCACAACUUAAAUAUAAGUAUUAGUAUUACAACUGGUGGAUAUUUUGAGGACGGAAAGAAUAUGGGAUUAUCAAACUUCUCUUUGCCCCCCCCCCCUUCUGUCUCGAUAUGAUGGUCUCACUUGUACCUUAUUCUUCUUUAUGGCGUUAUUAACAAACUGUUGCAUAGUAACUGACUGAUCCAACAGGCUUCUUCCUCAAUUGUCUAA